AACUUGUGUGGUCCUGGAAGCAGGGGAGGGAGAGACUGGUGCUGAUGGGUGGCAGGGUAUUCAGCUGGUCUUUCCUAAGAGGUGCCUCCCUGUCUUUGUUUUGCAACUCAUAUCCCUACAGGAGAGGAAGGGAGGCAGACCCGGCCGCCUUCCGAAUGGCGGGGCUGCUCCCUGGAUUUCAGGAUUGCGUGGCGAGGGCUGGGGGAUGAGGGAGACCAUCAUCCUCCCUGGGUGGGGGGCAGCCUGUGGAGGAGAGAGAGCAUGGGUUGUGGGCUCAGAGUCCUGGGAUUUCAAACCUGCUGCCUCUGCCUGUUUAAUCCCUUGGAACCUUGGUCAAGUUUCUGUGAACCUGGGUUUCUUUAUAAGAUGAAGAUAGUAACCUCUGAGCUGGCCGGGAGGAUUGAAGUGAGUGGCAUGGUAUCUGGCUCAUAAUACGCACUGAAAUAAUCAUUAGCUGUUGCUAUCUCCUCUUUCUGUUCUCAUCCACCUGCGCAUCCCAGUCCCUUUCUCCUUUUUGUUUUUCUCCUGAGUACUCAGUUCUGAGAUGCCCCGGAAUGCUAAGGUGAGAAUUGCUGGUUGUGCAUUGGGGAGGGGAGAGGCGCUUCCAGGGGCCCAGGCAAACAAGUGCUUGUUCCUUACGUGGCCCUGCCCACGCAGGUGUCUGGUUCUGGAGAAGCUAUAGGGUCUGGUUUUCUUUCAUUCGGCAUUCCUGUGUUUGCCUUGCUUGCCCAGGAGUGUUAAGAAGACCCAAGGUUGUCCUGGCAUCGGAGCAGGUGGGGGAGUUCAAGAGGGCUUCUGGGGAGCCAGGAAGCUCAGAGAAGCUCCUCCGUAAUUGACAGUUCUUUCCCUUGCACUGCCCCGGCCCUCUGUGGGGAGCUGUCCAACAAAAUGCAGCGCUGUCCGAGUGCUGGCCGGAGAGCGCCGUCCUGCAUUGAGGAUGGCCGUGUACGGUCAACAUUUUAUCACUUGAGUUUCUUCAUGCCGACAUUGGAUUCCGGUUCCCCCUCCCCAAGCAGCCCAGACCACAGCCAAGCUGCCUGCCUCCGCCACAGCCUGUACUCAGCAGCUUUUAGGCCGGGGUACAGGGCCACACUGUUUUGGAAUCUUCUGGUUUGCAAAAACCUAGUGAGGUUAGGUGUGAGACUGCUCUUUGCAUCGCUGCACUUCUGUGCAGGCCCUGAGGAGACACGUGGGAGUGGUUUAAAAGGAGAUAAGUCGAUCCUACAACCUAGGGAAUCCCCCCACCCGGAGUGGGGAGACAGCAGUCCCAUGGGAGACGCCCAGCAGGCAGUCUCCGAGGAGCCCUUAUCCUCAGGGACGCAGGUAAGUGGGGGUGUGUUCGUGUGGGGGGCUGUCACAAAGGUAGCCUGGAGGAGGGAAUAUUGGAUGGAGAGGCGAAUAGAGUGAAAGACGCGUGUGAGGGUAACCUGAACAGUUCCCGUGCAGGGCAGGGGAGGGGAGACACUGAGUCAGGACACGCCAGGCAGAAUGGGACGGGCUUCUCAGAAAGGCUCCGAAUGAGAGAUGAGAGACUGUGGGCCCGGCGCCAGGCAGCCACCUCGCUUCUCAGGCAAGCAGGCGUUGGGUGGUUAGUGGUGUAACCACUCGGAUCGUGGGAUGUACUGGAGGCAAAGCAGACCUGCUUGCUGGGCAGGCACACUGCUUCUCAGGAGGGCGGACUGGGUCUCCUGGCUCAGUCCCUGACCAGCCGUGGGACGUCGGGCCCUUGUUCCUCUCCAUCCUGUGCCUUUCUCAGUGGAAAAGAGGGGCCUGCCUUGGUUGGGGGGGGUCCUCCAGGGUCUCCUGGAACCCUGACGUGUGUUCCUGAGUAAGUACCAGGCUACAUUAGUGCCCCCCCACACACCCCUCUCCCGUGGGACUUGCUGAGACUGUUUGCUCAUUCAGUCCCCAAGUCUGCAGGAGCCCCUGCUGGGUGCCUGUAGCGAAUGGGAAGGGAAAUAAAUCAGGCAUCGACUGUAUUGGGGUGACCAGAAGCAAGGUCCCUGCCCCUUGGAAGGUUCUAUGCAGUGCAGGCAGCAGAUCCCUAUGUCUCGUUUGAACGUUUCUGAAGGCAGGAGGCAAGAUCUUAGAACCGAUGGGGUGUCCCAGUGUCACGGGCAACACUUGUUUUGUAAUCUCGACCAUGCAAGGCGAUAGCGCUGUCAGAAUUCACAGGCAACUGUGUUGGAAUUCCAGGGGCUGCUGCUCACAGGGGAGUGUGUAAAAGAGGGCUCCAGCUCCUGCAGCCCCCUGGGGAGAGGCUCUGCUGAGGAAAGGGUUGGUAGACGUGGAGCACACAUAGGCAAGGGGUGCGGGCAUGGCAGGGCCAGCACAGCCGCCCUGGGCAAAGGUGAGCAAACCCAGAGGCGCGAGUGGCUGGAGUGUGGCGUGGCUGGGGCUGGUGAGGCGUUUUGGGGAGCAGGCCCCCCCGGGGAGGUUGGUAUGAGCUGGAGAGGAACUGUCUGAGGGGUAUUUUAAAGAGCCUGCUGUGGCGUGGAUGUAAGAAGAACAGCUGGGAGGCCGCAGCUAGAGGUCAGAUGAGAAAAGAUGGUGGCUUGGACGAGAAAGGUGGUGGUGCUGGGAGAGAGGAUUGAAGAAGUCUUCAGGCGGGGAAGUGAACAGGACUCCGUGACGUGGCAGGAGCGAGGAGGGAGUGUGCGAUGUGACACAGACUUCUCUCCUGCACAGCUGAAUGGGUGGGGUGGGGGAGCCGGUCCCAGAAACGGGCAGCCCUGGGGCCAGUAGGAGGCCCCCCAAGGUGGCUGGAGGGGAGACUGCCUGGGUUAGCUUCUGACUUCCCACGCCGAGGAGGGUGGUGGGGGCAGGAGCAGGUGCAGAUGCAAGGCCAAAGCAGUUGAACCCUGAGGAAGGGCUUGGCAGGGCGGAGUAGGUUGGUUCAUGCCCUUUUCAGGCCAAGGUCAAGAGCAAAGAAUGCUCAGGGCUGACCUGCGGAGGAGGGGUCGUUGGGGGAGAUAUGGAAAUUGGGCACAGUGAGGCGGCUUCGUUUCAGCCAGCUCCUACCUUUCUCUGCCAGGUUCCAGGCACAAAGAAGCCCUGGGGCCUCCAAACCUUGAUACAGCCAAAGCUCGUCUUGGAUAGGUCAUGAUGCAUAGGGUUGGGUGUUGAGAAGGUACAAGCACACAGUGUCUCCACCGAUUUCUUGUGUGUCAUCACCUUAGGGAUUUCUCCACAUGGAGAUAGCGAGCCUCUUGGUUCUUGUGUAUGCCUGCCUGGUGGUCCAUCAUAUGCUUGUGUGUGAUUUUAUAGCUCCUCGCUGGUGGACUGCUGUGGUCUGGAUGUGGUUGGACCCCCAGGGGUCCAUGUGCUAGAAGCUUGGUCCUCAGUGGCAGUGUUGAAGGGAUAGCACUUGUUAGAGGUGCAGCCUCCAGGGAGGUUGAUCGGCAUGGGGGGCCUGGUCCUAAAAAGGGUCUGAGUUCUUAUGUGGGACCCAGAGUUAAUUCUGAGGGGAGCAUUGUUAGAAAGAGCAAACCAGGCCUCUCCCUUCAAGGUUCCUGUCUUGCAAUGCACAGGAUUUCUGUAUGCGCUCUGCCAUCACCAUCUGCUAUGGGGUCUGAUGAUGCCAGCAGCAUGCCCUUGAACUUCUAGAACUGUGAGCUAAAUAAGUCAGUCUCUCUCUCUCUCUCUUUCUCUCUCUAAGAUUUUUAUUUUUAUUUUUUUUUGAAAGAGAGAGAGAUAGGGGCCAGUGCCAUGGCGCAGUAGGUUAAGCCUCCGCCUGUGGCGCCAGCAUCCCAUAUGGGCGCUGGUUCGAGUCCCGACUGCUCCUCUUCCAAUCCGGCUCUCUGCUGCGGCCUGGGAAAGCAGUAGAAGAUGGCUUAAGUGCUUGGGCCCCUGCACCUGCAUGGGAGACCAGAAAGAAGCACCUGGCUCCUGGCUUCGGAUCAGUGUAGCUCCAGCCAUUGCGGUCACUUGGGGCAUGAACCAACAGAAGGAAGACCUUUCUCUCUCUCUCACUCUCUCUCUCUCUUACUAUCUGUAACUCUACCUCUCAAAUAAAUUAAUUUUAAAAAUAUUUUUUAAAAAAAAGAGGGGGAAAGAGAGAGAGAGAGAUUGUCCAUCUGCUGGUUCACUACCCAGAUGGCCACAACAGCCGGCCAGGUCUGGGCCAAGCCAAAGCCAGGAGCCAGUAGCUUCUUCCAGGUCUCCCACAUGGAUGGCAGCAAGCAACUGGGCCAUCUUCCGCUGCUUUUCCUAGGCCUUUAGCUAGGAGCUGGAACCACGGUAGGGGAGCCAGGACUUGAACUGGUGCCCAUAUGGGAUGCUUGUGUCGUGGGUGGUGACUUUACCCACUACACCACAAUGCCAGCCCCUAAAUAAACCUCUUUAUAGAAUAUCCAACCCCAGGUAGUUCAUUAGAGUAACCCAAAACUGACUUAUACAUGUAUAUUUAAGGUGAUUCCAGUCUUCUGUUUUAAUAGGGCAAUAUGUCUAAGAAUUCAUUUUUUAGAAUGAGAAGAUCCUAUAGAGAGGAUUGGUUCCUUCAUUUGUUUUCUCUCUCGUUCAGUAUUUAUUGAGUACCUAUUAUGCGCCAGAUACUGUGGCAGGUCCCAGGAAUCCAGCUUUCCACGGGAUUCAGAUGUGAGCUCUGCGCCCGUGGAACUUACCACCCUCUAUGGGGUAGCGCGUGUCCAGGCAGAUGUAGUAACGGAAAAGCUAUAUAGCGGGGAAAACUGAAACGGACAUCAUACGGGGAACAAACUGGAAGUAGAAACAGGAAGCCGCCUUAGAGUAAGUGAUCUUUUAAGCUGGGGACGAAAGGGUAGGGUGCUGAGAGCCAGUUGGUGUGUGACAGCACCUCGCCUGCAUCCUGCACGUGAGGUCAGGGUUCACGGAGGAGGGGAGGCUGCCCCGAAGCAGGUGGUGUGGAGCUAAAGAGUCGGUUCCCGAUUCUGGUCCCCGGCCCCCAGCAGCGCCUGCCCCCUUCCCACCGGGGCCCCCCAUGAUGCCACCACCCUUCAUGCCCCCUCCAGGGAUGCCCCCACCCUUUCCGCCAAUGGGGCUACCCCCCAUGAGCCAGAGGCCACCAGCCAUUCCCCCUGUGCCACCGGGCAUCUUGCCCCCAAUGCUCCCACCCAUGGGGGCGCCGCCACCACUCACACAGAUUCCGGGCAUGGUGCCUCCGAUGAUGCCGGGAAUGCUGCUGCCGGCGGUGCCCGUCACCGCAGCGACGGCUCCGGGUGCGGACACCGCCAGCUCUGCUGUGCCUGGGACAGGCCCUCUGAGGGCGCUCUGGAGCGAGCACGUGGCCCCCGAUGGGCGCAUCUACUACUACAAUGCCGAUGACAAGCAGUCCGUGUGGGAGAAGCCCAGCGUGCUCAAGUCCAAGGCAGAGCUGCUGCUGUCUCAGUGUCCCUGGAAAGAGUACAAGUCGGACACAGGCAAACCUUACUACUACAACAACCAGAGUAAGGAGUCCCGCUGGACCCGGCCCAAGGACCUGGAUGAGCUAGAGGCUCUAGUCAAACAAGAGGCUGCAGGAAAGCAGAAGCCGCUGGCGCCACAGACACUACAGCCCCAGCCGCCUCAGCCGCAGCCUGACCCCCCACCUGCACCUCCCGGCCCUGCGCCCGCGUCCUCAGGCCUGCUGGAACCCGAGCCGGGUGGGAGUGGAGACUGUGAUGUGGCGGAGGCCGCCCAGCCGCUGGAGCAGGGCUUCCUGCAGCCCCCGGAGGAGGGCCCCAGCAGUUCUGCCGCGCAGCCGCAGCCACCACAGCAGGAGGAGGAGGAACCCAAGCCUGAACCGGAGAGGUCCGGCCUCAGUUGGAGCAACCGGGAGAAGGCGAAGCAGGCGUUCAAGGAGCUGCUGAGGGACAAGGCCGUCCCCUCCAAUGCAUCAUGGGAACAGGCCAUGAAGAUGGUGGUCACUGACCCCCGCUAUAGUGCCUUGCCCAAACUGAGUGAGAAGAAGCAGGCAUUCAACGCGUAUAAGGCGCAGCGGGAGAAGGAGGAGAAGGAGGAGGCCCGGCUGCGGGCCAAGGAGGCCAAGCAGACGCUGCAGCAUUUCCUGGAGCAGCACGAGCGCAUGACUUCCACCACCCGCUACCGGCGGGCAGAGCAGACCUUUGGCGAGCUGGAGGUUUGGGCCGUGGUCCCUGAGAGGGAUCGAAAAGAGGUGUAUGACGACGUCCUGUUCUUCCUGGCGAAGAAGGAGAAGGAGCAGGCCAAGCAGCUCCGGCGCCGCAACAUCCAGGCCCUGAAGAGCAUCCUGGACGGGAUGAGCAGCGUCAGCUUCCAGACCACCUGGUCGCAGGCCCAGCAGUACCUCAUGGACAACCCCAGCUUUGCUGAGGACCAUCAGCUGCAGAACAUGGACAAGGAGGAUGCGCUGAUCUGCUUCGAGGAACACAUCCGAGCUUUGGAGAGGGAGGAGGAGGAGGAGCGGGAGCGGGCCCGGCUCCGGGAACGGCGUCAGCAACGCAAGAACCGGGAGGCCUUCCAGACCUUCCUAGAUGAGCUGCACGAGACAGGGCAGCUGCACUCCAUGUCUACCUGGGUGGAGCUGUACCCAGCAGUCAGCACUGACGUCCGCUUCGCCAACAUGCUGGGCCAGCCGGGCUCCACCCCUCUGGACUUGUUCAAGUUCUAUGUGGAGGAGUUGAAGGCACGGUUCCAUGAUGAGAAGAAGAUCAUUAAAGACAUUCUUCAGGACCGGGGCUUCUGUGUGGAGGUGGACACGGCCUUUGAGGACUUCGCCCACGCCAUAAGCUUUGACAAGAGGGCUGCCGCGCUGGACGCAGGCAACAUCAAGCUGACCUUCAACAGUCUGCUGGAGAAAGCAGAGGCGCGGGAGAGAGAGCGGGAGAAGGAGGAGGCGCGCAGGGUGCGGCGCCGGGAAGCGGCCUUCCGAAGCAUGCUGAGGCAGGCCGCACCUGCUCUGGAGCUGGGCACUGCCUGGGAAGAGGUCCGCGAGCGCUUUGUGUGUGACUCAGCCUUUGCACAGAUUACUCUGGAGUCGGAGCGGAUCCGGCUCUUCCGCGAGUUCCUGCAGGUGCUGGAGCAGACCGAGUGCCAGCACCUGCACACCAGAGGCCGGAAGCAUGGCAGGAAAGGCAAGAAGCACCAUCACAAGCGGUCGCACUCACCCUCAGGCUCUGAGUCCGAGGAGGAGGAGCUGCCCCCACCAUCCCUCCGGCCCCCCAAGCGGAGGCGGCGGAACCCCUCGGAGUCCGGCUCGGAGCCCUCUUCCUCACUUGAUUCAGUUGAGAGUGGGGGUGCUGCCCUUGGAGGACGGGGCUCCCCGUCCUCUCACCUCCUCCUUGGGUCAGCAGACCAUGGCCUUCGGAAAGCCAAGAAACCAAAAAAGAAAUUGAAGAGAAGACACAAGUCGAACAGCCCUGAGAGUGGGAGCGGGCCUGAGGAGAGAGCUGGCAAGGAGAGUGAGGAGCAGGAGCAGGACAAGGCCAGGGAGCUCCGGCAGGUGGAGUUCCCUCGCCGCGCCCCGGGCCUCAGCAUCAAGAAGGAGAAGCAGACAGGCUGGGACACAUCGGAGAGCGAGCUGAGCGAGGGCGAGCUGGAAAGGCGGCGGCGGGCGCUCCUGCAGCAGCUGGACGACCACCAGUGAGCGGCCGCGCCGCUGCCGCAGCCUGCUGAGGGCCUGGCUCCCUGCCAGACCCCUCCUCGGUCUGGUCUGUGUCUGCUUUUCCUGACCUCCCGGCCCCACCCCUCCACCUGCUAGCACCUCUCAGGGCUGCCCUUGGUGUUGUGGGCCCCCAGCCCCAGAGAGCUAGUGCAGCCCUCGCCCUCGGCCCCAGAGUGGGGUGGUACCAGUGAAGCGUGAGCCAGGGGCCUCCAGGGAAGAGUGACGGACAGGCUGGUGGACACAGCCUGGGCGGCAGAGGGCUGGGCCCUCGCCCUCUACCGACACCUUCUAGCCCGCUCCUGCCUGCCCUGGCCCUGGGCCUCCACCACGUCCUCCUCCAGCCUGGGGACCCGAUGUAUGUGUGUUUAGGUUUGGUUUGGUUUUCAUUUUUUAAAUAACAAUAUUUAUAACGCAG